GUUAACCCCAUUGCCUCCUCCCCGAGACCCGCAGUGUCGGAGCAGACGUGCCCGCUGGAGGAUGCAGAGCGCACUGGAAUACGCCUGGUCUCCCAGGGCUCUCAUACGAUCAGUUACUACUGUGGGUUCCUCACUAACUCGAAAAGUUCUGUUCCCACCUCUUCCUCCUCCACCACGACCCUUUCGAGUAUCAAAUUGGGACAGAAGCCGGCGAAAAGGGGUGAUGGCUGGCACCUUACAGGAACUGCUAGAAAAGGCAGUGGAGACGUUGCUUAUUGCUGCUAGAGUCGUGACCCUGGUACUAGAGGAGGAUGGCACAGUUGUCGACACGGAGGAUUUCUUUCAGUCUUUGGAGGACAACACACAGUUUGUACUUCUUGAAGGACAGCAGAAGUGGGCACCAAAAAGAAUUGUCACGCCAUCCACCACGCAAGUGAACAAGAAGGGAAUAGCCAACAUUACACUGGAUUUGUACAAGCUGAACCCCAAGGAUUUUAUUGGCUGCCUGAACGUAAAGGCAACCUUUUACGAAAUGUACUCCGUGUCUUGUGAUAUUAAGUGUUUGGGGGCAAAGAAGGUUUUGCGGAGCUUUCUGCGGAUCCUGUCUCACCUUGCCCAGGUAGCUGGGCAUUUUCUCCUAUACGGCGGCUCAUAUAUCCUUCAGUGGACAGAAGAAAGUGAUGAAAGAACAUACAGAAGGGCACGGAACUCUUAAAAUGCCAGUGGAAUGUCCUUCACCACCUGUUAUAACGUACAUGUAUACACCUGAUGGUGGCCAUAUGCAUUUCCAGACGACCACACAGCCGAUAGUCAUGAACAUUUUCACGUGCACUUUUUGUACAAUACAUACGUUGUAUAAAGCAUCUCCUCAUAUUUGCAUUUCUGUCUCAUUAGUCCAGGAGAUAAUUAGAAAUCCUCAUGUCUGUUAAUUCCAAUAGUAAUGACCACAUAUUGUUUACAUGCAUUGUAUCGUAUGUACACUAGAGCAUUACUUUGCUGCCUGCAGUUAUCCUAGGUCACUCAACGAGAAGCUGAGAUACGGGCAGUUGUCCUACAGAUGUCAUGAUGACGUACAGCUGUGGUGACCAAUCAAAAAGCCUGUGGGGCUAAAAAAAACAAAAAAAAUUUCCAAGCAAGGAAAAUCACCAGUUCUGUCAUGUAAAGACCCUAUUGAACAGCCCCUCUUGUCUCCGUUUCCUGGACUUGGCAUGGCAUAUAAGAACUUCAUGCACGCGACCGUAUCUGUUUUGCAGAUCUGUUCACAAAACACGGAUGCGGUCCUAUUGACUUCAAUUGGUCUGUGGUCCUCAUUUUGCUGGCAUAGUCUAUCUUUUUGCAAAACGGACAUAUGGGUGCAGGAAGCACACAGAUGAUCUGU